AAUCUGGUACGGAGCCUCAGUCAGAAUGAAAAUAUGACCGGAGCACUGGUGUACCGAGAGCAGAUUGGCAAGUGGCGCAACACGGCGCUAGUAAAGCUUUCAGCUCGUCCAAGGACGCCGCCUUGCGUCCCGGACAGCUCAGAGAACUGCACGAGGGAGUUCGCAAUUUGCAGAAAUCGCGGGCUGGGCCGUUUAUCAAAGAGGUGUUGCAAUCAAAGGUCCUGCCUGUUCUCGGCAGGAAAGUUCUGGAGAAAGUCGACGAACAUCCAGACGGGGCCGUCGAGGAGCUGCAGAAGCAGUGGAGCCACUUUUACGUCCGCACACUCUGUCCAUAGAAGGCCAUUUUCGUCCACGAGCAAAAGUAAAUAAUUCACAGCCAAAACGGCAGCAGUCAAUCAAGCACAUGGUCCUCGCCUGCUUUCGUGAGCACGCAGUUCAGCCCCACGAACACAAUCUCACGGAAUACCUGAGGGCAGUCAGAAAAGUGCCACCUACUCUGCAUCAAAUGUUCCUUGUCCUGCAGGUAAAACGGUGGGAAGGUAAUUAUUUUUGUAUACAGUAAUUUAGUUCGUUUCAGGUCAUAUUGGCACUGAAUUGCUGCAGGGGAAAGGGUCGAAUAAAUUUAUUAGGGAGAGUUUUUAUAUUUACUAAAAUAUAUUAAUUUUUUUAUAUAGUUAUACUUUUUCAAUUGACAUUAAGUGAAAGUCAAGAAUAACAUAAUUAUAAAAUUUGGGGAAUUAAUUUUCAAUAUAAUUGGUGCAUGUAAUUACCAUGUUUUUGUUAAUUUUUUUCAAUUUAAAUACUGAAUCAAAUUAAUUUAAUGGUUGAAUCUCCUAAUUAAUUGAGGUUUUAACACUAAUAAAAUUUCCUAUAAUGAGUAAAUUCAUUCAUUUUUAAUACCGAAACUAAAAAUGAAAAAUAUUAUUUCUUUUCAAUUUUCAUUUUUUUGUUCUAUGAACAAAGAUCAAAAUGCGUUUUGAGACGCUGACUGCUCUCCACAUCAGACCCUCUUGGGGGUUGCGGGGUUUGUGCGAGAAAACCCCGUAAUUACGUCUAACGAGAUCAUGAAGCUGCCUUGCGCAAGUAUUCCCUGCGCUUGGAAUAUAAAAUUCAUUUUUCCCUCCGAAGCUUCCACAGAUACACGCAGGUUGCUGCACCGGCCCCUGAGCGUCGCCUCAGGGUAUCACGCCAGUACCCCGAGUGAAUUAUUCUCACUGUCUGCGGACAGGCUCCGCUGCAAGCAUCGCAUGAUGUUGCUCUAACUCACGUUAGGUGCAUUGUUCCUCUCCUGGCGUGUGUAAAAAUUAAUUUAUACGGCCGAGAGAGUGAAUACGGAGGGACAUACAUACCUAUAAUUGCGGGAAAAUAUUUCGACGUGUGCGUUAAGACGUGUGAAUUUUACCAUAAAAAACCAACCUUGCCCCAAUGCUCUACGUGAGGGUUGUAAAAAAUAAAGGGAUGGUAUUUUAAAAAUUUGAUCAUUUUUAACUUUUCAUUUUUUUUAGCGUAUCGGGAUGCAAACAAUCUUUAAACUUAUAGGUUAAUUUAUGAACAUUUUAACAAUUUUGUUACUUUUUAAAAAUGAGCUCAUUUACAAUUAGAUACAAUCUAAUUAAUUGCAAAAUAAAUCAGCAUAUAUAAAAUUUUAAAGUAAAUAUAUAUUUUAUUUAUAAUUUAUACAACUUUUACGUGUGAUUUAUAAAAUUUCAAUUGUAUUUGUUUUUUAAAUUUAAAUUUUAUGUUUUUACUAUUCAUAAUUGAAAUUAAAUAAAGUUUAAUGUAAUUGAAUGUUGUUACAAAUUUAUAUUAAAAAUAGAUUAUAAACUCUGCUUUAUUGUUAUUAAAACAAAAGUGAAAGAACAAUUUCUCUGCAUCAUGUCAACCACCUCAUUCUGUUUGCCUGUUAAUCAGUUAUUGAAAUGAUGUUAUACAAGUUAAAUUAACCACAAUUAAGCUCCAUAAAAGCUAUAAUUUCUUUAUACUUAUUUACUUAAUUUGAAAAAUUGCCUUUCAUUAUUACAAGUCAGAUUCACAAAACCAAUUUUCGUUUGCUCAUAAUUCGCAAUCUGCCUCUUAUAGAGCAUAAUAAUUGCGCACAUCGUGAUUUAUGAACAUUGCAUGCCGUGUCGUUUAAUAUUCAAUUGUUGUGUAAAACAAUUUUCAUGAUAAGUGGAGGUAAAAAGAUUUAGUGUCUGCGUGCACUCGCUCUGCAUUCCCUUUAAAGAUAUGGAGGAUUAGAAAGGAAGGAAAUAAAAUUUUACAUAAAUCGAUCCCAACGAGAGUGAUUUUGGGUUUAAUAUAUAAAAAUUAUGAGUUAAUCCCUGCCUGAUUCACCAUGCAAAUCCUACUUAACGUUUAUAUUACAUAAAAGUGCGAUAUAGUCUCUUUUGAUAAGCGAGAAGGAAAACUUUCUUUCCAGACAAGUACGUUUCGCGCUCAAUUGCUCCUCCACGUGAGCGGCGAAUAUUAUUAAUUUGUAGCGGAAGGAUGUGAGAGCAGAGAUGUACGGAUCUGCUAUAAAAGCUCAGGCACCUAACCAAGGCAGUCACACAAUCAAUCUAACCGACCGACGGCGAUCACCAUGAAAAUCCUCUCGUGCACCGCUCUCGUUCUUUGCGCCGCGAUGGUCGCGUCUCAAGGGAGCUUUGGAGGAUUUGGAGGUGGCUCUGGAGGCGGCUCAGGUGGAUUCGGAGGUGGUGCUGGAGGCCUCGGAGGAGCUGGUAAUGGGGGUGGAUCGGGAGGCCAAGGAGGAGCCGCAGGAUUUGGAGGAAACUCCGGAGGCGGCUUCGGAAGUAACGGAGGUGGCUUUGGAGGCAACGGAGGCGACUCUGGCGGAUUUGGAGGUGGCUUUGGAGGAAACGGAGGCAAUUCUGGAGGCAACGGGGGUGGUUUUGGAAGUAACGGGGGCGGCUUUGGGGGAAACGGAGGCAAUUCUGGAGGAUUCGGAAGCAGCUCUGGAGGCUUUGACGGAGGAUUUGGCGGCGAGGGACUUGACGGAGGCGACUUUGGAGGCGGUUCCUUUGGAGGCAGUGACUUUGGCGAACAAGGAAACGAUGAAGGCGGAAAUGGAGAUAGUCAUCACGGUCACCUGCUGAAGGGAUUUGCUUACAGCACUAUUAAUGUGCACAGACCUAAGACUCAUUCCAUCCCACUAUACAAGUAUGUCAAACAUCACUAUCAUCAUCAUGACGAUGACCACCAUGACGACCACCACGAAAAUCACCACCACGGACAUCACGGCUUUGGAGGCAACCAGGGAUUUUUUUAAAUAAAUGAUUGACUGAUUUGUUAAUUGUAUAGGUUCCUAUUUGCGUUUUGUUGUAUAACAACAUAAAAUAAAAUGCUAUUGAAA